AUGCAUCCAAAAGAAAUUGCAAAAAUCAAUGCUUUACUUAUUCAGUGGAUCAUAUGUGAUCAGCAAUCAUUUUCGAUCAUCAAAAAUAAAAAAUUUCAGGCUUUAGUGGCAGCACUAUCUAAAUAUAAUAAAUAUAAUUUGCCAAGUCGACAAAUGAUUUCAACAACAAUAGAAAAUCUAUACGAAAAGCAACGUAAUAUUCUUAAAACAUACUUUAAUAAUCUUAGCAGUAAAGUAGUACUUACCACAGAUAUUUGGACCGCAUAUACAAAUCAAGCCUAUAUGUCCAUUACUCUUUACUGGAUUGAUGAUAAUUGGCAAAUGCAUUGUAUUUUAUUUGAUUUAAUACCUCUUCAUGAAAGAUACACAGGUACCAAUUUGGCAAAUAUUAUUGAUACCAUUAUUAGUAACUUCAAUCUCGGCAAAAAAAUCAUGGCAAUUACCACUGAUAAUGCUUACAAUAUGGAUGCAUUUGGACAAAAGUGUGCUGCACAUAUCUUGAAUUUAAUAGUAAAAGAUGGUCUCGAAGAAGCUAAGAUGCUUACUAUAUUACUUGAGCCAAUUUUUGAAGCAACACGUAUUAUCUCUGCAUCAAGCCAUCCUACUCUCAGUGAUCUUCAUAUGGUAUUGGUUGUUAUCACGGAUAUAUUAAAAGAAGCCCAACAAGAAAAUAACACGAUAAUAAAAUGGAUUGUAGAUAAGAUGGAAAAAAAAUUAAAUAAGUAUUGGGGAGAACUUAAGUCAGCUUUUCAUAAAGCCAUAAUUCUUGAUCCAAAUAGCAAAUUAGCAUCAUUUAAAGAUGAAGAAAAAUGUGAAGCACAAAAUAUGAUUUAUACAACUUAUAAAGCAAAUUACGCAACUAAGAAUAAUAGGUCUACAACAAAGUUAUCCAAGCCUAAGUCUCAACGCCAUUUUAUCCAUAACCACCUUAAAAGAACACAUGAAGUUUUUACAAGUAAUGAUGAUCCUCUUGAUAAAUAUCUCAACAUGCCUCUUGAAGAUGGUGAUGUUCUUGCAUACUGGAAAAAUAAAUCCACAAAUCCUCGAUGGGUUCAA